UACACUGUUUCGGGCGCUUUGCUAUGCUGUCUCAGUGUGUAUGCGAAUGUGCUCACUGCUCUCUCGUGGAGUGUGUGUGAGUUUUCACCAUUCACCCGUGCAGGGGGCCGGUAUAAAGCAUGUAGUACCUGGAUCACCUCGGGGUCUCGAGCCGUAUUCCCACCGGGAUCAAACGGAAAAACGGAUUAUAUUACCCAUUGUGGAAUAGUAUUAAUGGACGCCUAACGGGGAUCUAACGGGGGACUAUAGCGGCUGGAGGGGAGAGAGGGUUUCUCUUCUCAGUAAAUGAUCGGAGAGGAAGCUUCCAUUUUGAGAGAGAAUCAUGGCGAGCGACUCCCCUGCCCGGAGCCUGGAUGAGAUAGACCUGUCAGCGCUACGGGACCCUGCUGGUAUAUUUGAGCUAGUGGAGUUGGUGGGAAAUGGAACCUACGGGCAGGUCUACAAGGGUCGGCAUGUCAAAACAGGCCAGCUUGCGGCCAUCAAAGUUAUGGACGUCACUGGCGAUGAGGAAGAGGAGAUUAAAGCAGAGAUCAACAUGUUGAAGAAGUACAGCCACCAUCGGAACAUUGCUACCUAUUACGGUGCCUUCGUCAAGAAGAACCCACCUGGCAUCGACGACCAGCUAUGGUUGGUGAUGGAGUUCUGUGGGGCAGGCUCGGUGACCGAUCUGAUUAAGAACACCAAGGGGAACUCUCUGAAGGAGGAGUGGACUGCCUACAUCUGCAGAGAGAUCCUCAGGGGUCUGACCCAUCUCCACCAACACAAGGUCAUCCACAGAGACAUCAAGGGUCAGAACGUCCUGCUGACAGAGAACGCAGAGGUCAAAUUGGUGGACUUCGGUGUGAGUGCUCAGUUGGACCGUACUGUGGGGAGGAGGAACACGUUUAUAGGAACGCCCUAUUGGAUGGCUCCUGAAGUCAUCGCCUGCGACGAAAACCCUGAGGCCACCUACGACUUCAAGAGUGAUCUGUGGUCUCUGGGUAUUACAGCUAUAGAGAUGGCAGAAGGAGCACCGCCACUGUGUGACAUGCACCCAAUGAGGGCUCUCUUCCUGAUCCCCAGGAACCCCGCCCCCAGACUCAAGUCCAAGAAGUGGUCUAAGAAGUUCCAGUCGUUCAUUGAGAGUUGCUUGGUGAAGAGUCAUGGUCAGAGACCCAAUACAGAGCAGCUGUUGAAGCACCCCUUCAUCAGAGAGCUGCCCAACGAACGACAGGUCCGCAUCCAACUGAAGGACCACAUCGACAGAACCAAGAAGAAACGCGGAGAGAGGGAUGAGACCGAGUAUGAGUACAGUGGCAGUGAGGAAGAGGAGGAGGAACGGGACAUGGGGGAGCCAAGCUCCAUCAUCAACAUCCCUGGGGAGUCGACGUUGCGGCGGGACUUCCUGCGGCUGCAGCUGGCCAAUAAGGAGCGUUCUGAGGCUCUGAGGAGGCAGCAGUUGGAGCAACAGCAGAACGAGGAACACAAGCGCCUCCUGUUGGCAGAGCGACAGAAACGCAUAGAGGAGCAGAAAGAGCAGAGGAGGAGACUGGAGGAGCAACAGCGUAGGGAACGUGAGAUGAGGAAGCAACAGGAGAGAGAGCAGAGGAGACGCUAUGAAGAGAUGGAACAACUACGGAGAGAUGAGGAGAGGAGGCACGCAGAGAGAGAACAGGAGUAUAUCCGUAGGCAGCUGGAGGAGGAGCAAAGACAGCUGGAGAUUCUACAGCAACAACUACUUCAGGAGCAGGCCCUACUGAUGGAGUACAAGCGUAAGCAGAUGGAGGAGCAGCGGCAGGCAGAGCGUCUCCAGAGACAGCUGCAGCAGGAGAGAGCCUACCUGGUGUCCUUACAGCAGCAGCAGCAGGAGCCACGGCCACAAGACAACAAACAGCUGUACCACUACAAAGACACAGCCCCUAAUAACGACAAACCUGCCUGGGCCAAGGAGGUGGAAGAGCGUUCCAAGCUGAACAGACAGAGUUCUCCAGCACUGCAACAUAAAGUGUCCAACCGUAUCUCUGAUCCAUCCCUGCCCCCCCGCUCAGAGUCGUUCAGCAGCGGGGGCAUACAGCAGGCCCGAACACCCCCCAUGCACCGCCCCGUAGAACCACAGAUGGCCCACCUGGUGCAAGUGAAGUCCCAUGGUCUGUCUGGGUCCCAGUCUCUCCACGACCCUGCAGGGGUCACAGGCCUGUCCCCCUCCCCAUCCUCCGGCCGCCCCCCCAUGCCCCGCCAGAACUCUGACCCUACCUCAGACACCCCUCCUUCUAUACCUCUUCCCCGCCUCGCUCCCCCCCUCGAUAAACUGGACCGCAGCUCCUGGCUACGAACAGACCUAGACCUACCUCCUAAGGUGCCCCAGAGGACCACGUCUAUCUCUCCAGCCCUGGUCAGGAAGAACUCUCCUGGGAACGGACCUGCGGGCCUUGCUCCUAAAGCUGGAGCACACCUGAUACGGGCCAGUAACCCAGACCUGCGGAGGACUGAUGUCCCAAUGGAAACUCCCCUGAAGAGGAAGAGCAGUGGCAGCUCCUCCAGCUCCUCUACCCCUUCCUCCAAGGGGGGCAGCAACGAAAGAGGGACAAAUCAAGCGGAGGGUUCUGGGGCAUCGGCCCAAGAGACCAAAGAAGAAAACAGAGAUGUGACGCUGACACGACCUAGCAGGCCCGCGAGCUAUAAGAGAGCUGUAGAUGAGGAGGAGUUGGACCUGACGGCUCUAGCCAAGGAGCUGAGGGAGCUGCGUCAGGGGGAGGAGCCUAAUCGCCCGCCCGUCAAGGUGACGGACUACUCCUCAUCCAGUGACGAGUCACAGAGUGACGAGGAGGGAGAGGGAGGAAGUAACGACGGCUCUGUGUCUGUCAGCGACAUCCCACGCAUCAUGCCGGCUGCGGGGCAGAGUAGUGGUGAGGUGUACGGUGUGAUGGGAGGACAUAAUGAUUCCUACAGCAACCGUUCCCAAGACAGCACCCUGAUGAUGAGAGAGACCUAUGGGGACAGGAGGCGGAACUCCGCUCUCGCCGACAGCAACGGUUUCCCCGGAAAUGCCAAUCUGCCCGAUCUGGUGCAGCAAAGCCCCUCCCCCAUGGUCUCCCCUGGCGAUGGCUCUGGGCGCAGCCACCCCAAAUAUGGCAUGGGCAGUGGGAGUGGCUCCAAGUCCUCCUCCUUCACGCCAUUCGUUGAUCCACGAGUCUACGGAACCUCCCCCACCGAUGAUGAUGAUGAAAACUCUGCCUCUGCUCUCUUUACAAAUGAGCUGCUGCUUCAGGAGCAGGAGCAGGCCAGACUGAACGAGGCCAGAAAGAUCAGUGUGGUCAACGUGAACCCGACCAACAUACGACCUCAUAGUGACACGCCUGAGAUACGCAAAUACAAGAAGCGCUUCAACUCUGAGAUACUGUGUGCUGCUCUCUGGGGUGUGAACCUGCUGGUGGGGACCGAGAACGGUCUUAUGUUGCUGGACCGCAGUGGUCAGGGGAAGGUGUAUAACCUGAUCAACCGCCGGCGCUUCCAACAGAUGGACGUUCUGGAGGGCCUCAACGUCCUGGUCACCAUAUCUGGGAAGAAGAAUAAGCUGCGUGUGUACUACCUGUCCUGGCUGAGGAACAGGAUAUUACACAAUGACCCCGAGGUGGAGAAGAAGCAGGGCUGGGUCACUGUAGGAGAGCUGGAGGGCUGUGUGCACUACAAAGUCGUGAAGUAUGAGAGGAUCAAGUUUCUGGUGAUCGCUCUGAAGAACUCAGUGGAGAUCUACGCCUGGGCACCCAAACCCUACCACAAGUUCAUGGCCUUCAAGUCGUUCACUGACCUACAGCACCGCCCCCAGCUGGUUGACCUGACAGUGGAGGAAGGUCAGAGGUUAAAGGUCAUCUAUGGCUCCAGCGUUGGGUUUCAUGUAAUCGAUGUUGACUCUGGCAACCCGUAUGACAUCUACAUCCCCUCCCACAUUCAGAGUCAGGUGACGCCCCAUGCCAUCGUGGUGCUGCCGCGGACCGACGGGAUGGAGAUGCUGCUGUGUUACGAGGACGAGGGCGUCUAUGUCAACACCUACGGACGCAUCACUAAAGACGUGGUGCUGCAGUGGGGAGAGAUGCCUACAUCUGUUGCCUACAUCCACUCCAACCAGAUCAUGGGCUGGGGAGAGAAGGCCAUUGAGAUCCGCUCCGUGGAGACGGGACACCUCGACGGAGUUUUCAUGCACAAGCGAGCUCAGCGACUGAAGUUCCUGUCGGAGAGGAACGACAAGGUGUUUUUCGCCUCUGUGCGUUCCGGCGGCAGCAGCCAAGUCUUCUUCAUGACCCUGAACCGGAGCUCUAUGAUGAACUGGUAACCCUGGCAACCCCUCCUUACAUCCUCCCUCCAUACUGUACAUGCCUAACCAGAGGACAGGAUGGAGGGAUGAAAAGAGAGAACUGAGACAGAUGAGUGAACACAGAGUGGCGGCGGCUCAGUGGAGACUGGAGGAAGAGAAAAAACGUCUUCCGUCCAAAUCUCAUCGCCAGCCAGCCAGACGUCUGCAGUACUAACCUCCCUCCACCAGAGGAACCAGAGAUGAGCUCUCCAACAACUUUCCAGAUACGCUCAGACAACACUCUCUGUGGUGCGUUUAGUUUCUCUCAGGCACCGUCCAAGAUGGCCCAUAUUCCCUAUACAGUGCAAUACUUUUGGCCAGAGUAGGGAAUAGCGUGCCGUUUUGGAUGUAGCCUCAGUGUUUUGUUUUUGGGAGGUGGUGACAAGAGGUGCUGGUGUAGUCUCCCUCAUGGGGUCAGGGGUCAGUGACUGAGGGUGUUGUCAUGACCCCUGACCUGUGUGCGUAUAUACGCGGUGGGGCUGAGUGUAGAUUCUUGACUGCAGGAGCACUUGAAAAAAUACAAAUAUUGUCACCGGUGGUCACAGAAAAUAUAUAUACUCUUGUCAUUCUUGUUCUAGUUCACCUCUGCUCCCCUCUUUCUCUGUGACUUCUAUUUUACAUUCAAUCUAUUUGGCAUAUUUAUAUUCUGUGUGUUUCACAUCUGUAAAUACACAUUCUUUGAUCUGAAACGGAGCUGCUUCCCUAUCAGACACUCUUACACUGAGACGGAACAAUGGAGGACAGAGAAAAGGAGGAGAUGGAGAGAAUGAUGAGAGCAGUCUGAGUUUGUUUAGUUCAUCUUCCUCCUGUAGAAAUUUCAUUUAAAAAAUGUGACAUGCUUCUUCAUAUUAAAGACUGCAAGAGAGGGAGGAGUGAUGGAGAGACAGACGUUUGGGUUGGUUAGUUGUCAGGCUUCCUCCUACACCACCUCUUCUCUCAUCUCUUUCCCCCCUUCCAUUAGUUGACCUGCUCCUCUACAUUUGCAUAGUGACUCCUAUUCCACUUGUCGCCAUCACUUUUGACUUCUAAACUAAGGCAAUACACAGGUGUAGUCUGACUGGACAAAUGCGUGGUUGGAAAGAUUUAACUUUCCAAAAUGAGACUCACCAUGUUAUAGUCAGUCAAUACCUUAAACUGGGGGUGGGGUGUAAAUGUCCUCAAAAUAGCUUUAGAUGGCCAGGUGGAAUGACCACAUGAAUCUCAAACCGUUAAGUUGAAUCACAUUUAGUCUCCUAGGAUACUGUGUCUGACACUACCUGCAAAGGUAGUAGAGAGUUGAGGAGGGUGUCUGUGUUUACUGAACCGAUGAUGAGACUACUGAUGUGGGUUGUAUGUAAUAAAGGGUAAUAGCAAUGAGCCUACUCCAUCCACUAAUUCCUUACCUCUUCAGUCAUAGAUCUGAAAUGACUGGUUAAAUAUAAGUGUGACCGACUGGUGUUUGAACCUGGGUCGGCAGCCAUCUUGCUUUCUCCUAUCUAGUCCUGUCAGAUCUUUGAACACUGCAGCGGGUAUAGGUUAGAGGAAAAGAGGGUUGUUUCCAAGAAACCGUAGGGUAAAUAUGAUAAAGCAUUUGAUUAUGAUAUCUAAUCGAUAAUUUAGAGAAAGACCAUCAUGUUCAUACUAUAAGGCUUUCUACAGAGUAGAGAAAAUGGUUUCUACAAUAUGUUUUUAUCGUGUUUAGUGUGAAGUAUCAGACUUUGAACAUGUGUGCAAGACUGAACGUGUGUGCGUGCAUGUGUGACUUGUCUUCCCUGCUAACAGUACAGAAUUAAACUGCCACUGUUAGGUGUGUGUGUGUGUGUUCACCUCGUCUGAAUCACUGGAAUCAAUAACCCACCCCCCCCAGACUGGUACUCCAGUCAACUACAGUGGGGAGAACAAGUAUUUGAACCUGCAAAAUCGGCAGUGUUUCCUACUUACAAAGCAUGUAGAGGUCUGUCAUUUUUAUCAUAGGCACACUUCAACUGUGAGAGACGGAAUCUAAA